UGUUGUUAGUUUGAACAAAAUGGCUGCAUGAGCGCCACUCAACAAGAAUUCAGCGAACGCUUUAUUUGGACUGUCCGCACUUGCAUUUGGAUAUUUCAAGAAUUCGUUCUCCAGGAUUUCUUUUUCAGUUGCAUUCGUUGCAGCCAGGUUGUCAGUCGGUUGUUUUAGUUUAAUCUACCUGCUAGCUUUUCAGCUAGCUAGCAAGCGUAACAAAAUAUUUCCUUUGCACUUUAAACUAGAGUUAGCUUGCAAGCGUCGUCGGUUGCCCUAUGCCAAGUUAUCGGCGAAGAGCCUAAUACUGCCCUCCUUUAUUUUGCACCAUUUAGCUAUAAAUUGCAUACCAGUCGAUUUUUGAUGCAAACUAUCGUAUCGGAAUAUUUGGCUAGAUGCUUUAAUGACACUUUGCGAACGUUACAUUCUUUGGUAGCUAGCUAUUUUUCUCGAUUUCAGCAGUGUUGUGAUGUGUCGUGCCGUCAAGGCUUUGAGUCCGUGUUUUGUUUUUGAAGCUGAUUUUUUAAACUGGUAUUGAACAUUUAUUGCUAUGUGAAUAGUUAUCAGCGACCGCAGCAUUUUUGUUAUGAAGCUGCUUAGCGUAAAUUCGCAGUAUCCUGAAAAGAUAGCUAGCAAACGUUAGCUAACUGCGAAUGCGUUUGAAUUAGCCACUGAUCUGUCACUUACGGGUACUUUUUUGGAAAGGGCACAAGAAAAUGCCUUUCUGCACCACCUUCUGCCAUGCAACAAUUCUAUACUGAAAGCUGCCAAAGCUCAACUUGUGAUUACUAAGCUGAGAGAAGCUAGAAACACAAGGAGAGAACCAUUUGAUGGAAGAAAAGAAAAAGAAAAAGCAAGAAGAAAAGUCAAAGAAGGAAGCUGCUCAGAAAAAGGUUGCUGAACAGAAAACCAAAGUGCCAGACUCUGCCAAGCCCAGCCCCAGUCUGCACCCUGCCAGCCCCAGCCUGACCCUGUCCCUGUGCGCGGCUAGCAGCAGUGGCAAUGGCAAGCGUGCCCCCUCCAGUGCCCAGCAGCAGCAGCAGCCAACGCCCGGCCCGCGCUACCCGCCCCGAGAGGUGCCCCCGCGUUUCCGCCAGCAGGAGCACAAGCAGCUUUUGAAGAGGGGCCAGCCAUUGCCCGCGGGCACCCUGCCUCUCGCCGCCUCCUCUUCCUCCUCCUCCUCCUCCUCCUCCUCUGCCUCAACGCAGCUUGGGACCAGCUCCCCUCCUCAAACCCCUUCAAGCAAAAGGCAUACAGAGCUGUCCCAUUCGAGUGGCUUGGGAGCCCAGUAUGAGAAUCCCCACUGGGGUCUUUCUAACAACAACAGCAACAGCAACAGCAGCAGCAGCAGCAGUAGCACUGGCUGGCCACAAGUGAUUAUCGACGAGAACGACAGCCACGCCUGGCCCUCCAUUUCUGUGGGCAAGAGCCACGCGGCCCCAGAAUGCCCCGCGGACGCUGAGCGCUCCACAGACGGCAUCAGCAGUAGCAGUAUGAGCAUGGCCACAGGCGCUGGUCAGCCAGCACACUACCCCCUCAACAAGAGCAGCGCCAGCCACUCCGCAAGCAUGGUGUCCAGCCAGGGCGGCCCCAACCGGGGCUGGGGCUCCGACGGGAAGGCCGACGGCCUGACCAUGGGCGGGAGGGGUCAGCCCAACUGGAGCUCCCCCAACCUCAACCUGAACCCCAACGCCAACCCGUCCGCGUGGCCCAUGCUCGGGCACGAGGGGCCCAACGUGGGCGGCGGCGGCGGUGGCGGCGGCGGCGGCAUGGGGGGUUCAAACUCCCUUCCCCCCAACAUGUGCGGCCCAGGAGGUGCCCCGUCAGGGCACGGCGCCAACGGAAACGGCAACAUGGGCAGCGCCAACGGGAGCCUGAUGGGGGACGGCCCGGGCGCCUGGGGGAACCCCGACGCGCCCGAGCAGCACCCGUCCUCGGGUGCCAACGUGUCUUUCAGCAUGGAGCCCCCCAACCUUAACACUGACGGACCAAACCACACUAAAGCGGAGCCCAUGAGCCCCGUCCACGGCUGGGGCGGCCAGUCGCCCACCGAGAGCUCUCAGGCCAACGGGGACGGCACCGCCAUGUGGGGCGGCGGCGGCGGCGGAGACGCCAAGGCCAGCGAGUCCAAGGACUCCGGCUGGGACUCCGCCAACGUCUCCUGGGGACGUGGAGGGGGCAGCGGUGGGAAAGGAGGUGGUGGAGGUGGUGGAGGUGGAGGAGGUGGCUCCGGGACCUGGGGGGACUGGGACAAGCAGUCCGGCCGCGAGGCCAGCGGCUGGAACUCGGCGGACACUCAACCCCCGCAGGAGCAGAUGAGCUCCUGGACCGGCAAGGCGCCCGCCAGCGAGGGCAGCGGCGACAGCAGCGAGGGGCACUCGCACCACCGGGAGCGGUCGUCCAGCACGGAGAGCAUCCCCGCCCUGCCCCGCCAGGACCUGGACCCGCGCGUGCUCAGCAACUCCGGCUGGGGCCAGACCCCCGUCCGCCAGCACACCGUGUGGGAGAUGGAGGAGAUCGGAGAACACAAGUCCGAGAGCGGCACCGACACCUGGGGAUCCUCCUCCAGCGCCACUCCGGCAGGGCCCCCGCCCAUGCCCACUGGCGGCGCCAACCCCAACCUGGGCGGGGCUCCGAGGCCCGAUUCAGGGGGCAAGAACGAGCCGGCCGGCCCGGUGGGCUCAGCGUCUGGCUGGGGAGGCGCGCCCCCGCCUCACCCCACCAAGCCCUCAAUGACCGGAUGGGGAGAGCCACCGGCCAGCAAGAAGGUGUCCAACGGGUCGGUGAGCGGAUGGGGCGACCCUGUGCCCAGCGGCCCCAACACCAACGGCCCCAAGAGCGGCCAGUCCUGGGGCUCCGGGGACAAGUCCCCCAGCUGGGAGGACGGCCCGAGCCAGCCCAAGCAGCAGGGCUGGGGAGACGGGCCCAAGCAGUCCCAGAACUGGGGCGGCAACAAUGGCGGCAACAAUGGCGGAGAGUGGGGCGACCACUCCGAGGGGAAGAAAAACGGCACUGGAAACCCCAUGUGGGAGGGAGACGGAGGCAACUGGCAGAAGGAGAGCUCCCGUGGCGGCUGGAACAAACCCGCCCCCAGCAUGGGGGGCAACUGGGGAGAUGCCCCGCAACGCACCAACGGUCCGAGCCAGGGAUGGGGCGGCAAACCCCAGGAGGGCCCCAACGGGGGCAACAACUCCGGCCCCAACAACGGAGGUCCCAACAACGGAGGCCCCAACAACGGAGGCCCCAACAACGGAGGCCCCAACCAUGGAGGCCCCAACAACGGAGGCCCCAACAACGGAGGCCCCAACAACGGAGGCCCCAACAACGGAGGCCCCAACAACGGAGGCCCCAACCAUGGAGGCCCCAACAACGGAGGUCCCAACAACGGAGGUCCCAACAACGGAGGUCCCAACGGCGCGGCCCCCAUGGGCUCCUGGGGAGGACCCACCUCGGUCAAGCAGUCGGCCGGGUGGGGAUCGGGCGGCCGCUCGGACAGCGAGAUCACCGGCUGGCAGGAGCCGUCUCCGCCCUCCAUCCGCCGUAAGAUGGAGAUCGACGACGGCACCUCCACCUGGGGCGACCCGAGCGCCUACAGCAAGGCCGUCAACAUGUGGGACCGCAACAACCCGACAGGGCAGGGCAACUCGGGACCCGGCAACAAUGGCGGCGGCGGCGGUGGCGGUGGCGGAGGAGGAGGCAACAACCACCACCACUCAGCACCCAACAACAACAACAAUCAUCACCACCACCACAACAACCCGCACCACAGCCAAGCACCCAUGCAGAAUCACUCCAACGGCAGCAACAACAACUGCCCCCCCAAUCAGCCUGGGCCGCCCCCCAACAGGCCUCCCCUGGUCGCUCCAGGCUGGGGAGAUCUGCCCAACGUCCAGCCCAAGCCCGAGCCCUCCACCUGGGGAGAGCCGGCCCCCAACGCCCCCCCAGUGGACAACGGCACCUCCGCCUGGGGCAAGCCGCCCCGAGGCCACGGAAGCUGGGGCGACGGAGGACACGAGCCCGCCGGACCCUACGGCCGGGGCAACGCACCCCCCGGAUCUGCCCCCUGCAAGCAAGGCCCCAAAUCUAUGCAAGACAGCUGGGGCUCUGGAGGCGAGGACAUGGGCCCGUCCGCCGGCCAGUGGGACGCUGACGAAGGAGACAUGUGGAACAGCCCCGUCUCUCAGGAGAGCAACUCUUCCUGCAACUCCUGGGGCAACCCACCCAAGAAGAUCCCACCCAAGGGGAAGAUGCCCAACAAGCAGGAUGAUAGCUGGAUCAUGAACCGCCUGAUCAAACAGCUCACAGACAUGGGCUUCCCGAGGGACCCUGCCGAGGAGGCUCUGAAGAGCAACAACAUGAAUCUGGAUCAAGCCAUGAGUGCUUUGCUGGAGAAGAAGAGCGAGCUGGACAAGCGGGGGAUGGGCAUGUCCGACUACAACGGCCUGAACAAGCCCAUGGUGUGCCGUCCCCAGACCCUCUCCAAAGACUCCUCCUCGGACCGGGCCCCCUUCCUGGACAAGGGUCACUCAAGUUUAAGAAGCUAUAAUCAGAGUUUUGAGGACGGCGGGCUGUCGGAUGACCCCCCGACCUCACCGUUUAUGCCUUCUCCCGGCCUGAAGCUCCCGCUGGCCAACAGCAGCCUCCCUGGCCACGGUCUGGUUGGGGUCUCCUCGGGGCUGGCCAUGCAAAACUUGAACAACAGACAGAUGCAGAAUGGAAUGUUUGGCAGUAGCGGAGCAGCACAAGCCCGGUCUCUGCAGCAGCCGCCGCAGGCUCCGCCCCCUCAGCCGUCAGUGCCGCCUCUCAGCUCCUCCCAGCCUGCUCUACGCACUCAAGUGCCUCAGUUUCUCUCCCCUCAGGUCCAAGCACAGCUCUUGCAGUUUGCAGCAAAAAACAUUGGCCUGAAUCCUGCACUUUUAACCUCACCAAUAAACCCUCAACAAAUGACCCUGUUGUACCAACUCCAGCAACUGCAAAUGGCGUACCAGCGUUUACAAAUCCAGCAGCAGAUGAUGCAGGCUCAGCGCAGCGUCUCCGGCCCCAUCAGACAACAAGAGCAGCAAGUUGCACGUACAAUCAAUAACAUGCAGCAGCAGAUCCAACAGCACCAGCGUCAGCUGGCCCAGGCCCUGCUGAUGAAGCAGCAGCCUCCUCCCCCUCACUCCGGCCUGCACCCCGCCGCCGGCAAAUCAGCCCUGGACUCCUUCCCAGGCCACCCCCAGGCCUCGGGCCUCAACGACCUGCAGACCAAAGAGCCGCAGUCUUCUCCCAACUCGUACAGCACCUACCCGCUCUCUGGACUGAACCCCAGUAUGAAUGUAAACUGCAUGGACGUGGGUGGGCUGAGCAUGAAGGACCCGCCCCAGCCCCAGUCCCGUCUCUCCCAGUGGACACACCCCAACUCCAUGGACAGUCUCCCGGGCAACGGCUCCCACAUGGAGGCCAGCAUGAACAAACACGGUGGCAUUCCCCCGGCGCCCAACCAUGGCCCCACCGGCAAGACCCCCAUGGACGACUCGUACAGCCCGUACGGUCUCAUGUCCACCUCCGAGUCUCCCACCAGCCCCCUGGUGCCGCCCGAGAGCUGGACGCAGGGCAAGAGUCCCACUGAGAAGAUCUCCAACGGAAACAACAUCAGCUGGCCACCAGAGUUCUGCCCUGGGGUGCCUUGGAAGGGCCUGCAGAAUAUCGACCCAGAGAACGACCCCAACAUGACCCCAGGAAGUGUUCCCAGUGGCCCCACCAUCAACACCAACAUCCAGGAUGUCCAUCGCUACCUCCAGCGGGACCGCAGUGGAGGUAAACUGCUGGACAUGAAGUCCACGUGGUCCCCUGGGCCCAUCUCCCACCCCCAGGCCUCGCUGUCCCACGAGCUCUGGAAGGUGCCCCCCGGCGCCCGCAACUCCACCGCGCCCUCCCGCCCCCCGCCCGGCCUCACCAACACCAAGCCCUCGUCCACCUGGGGAGACCCUCGCCACAGCUUGGGCCUGGCCCCCGGCUGGAACAGCACCUCCUACUCAGAGGGCACAACCUGGAGCACUGACAGCUCCAACAGAACGAGCAGUUGGUUGGUGCUGAGGAACCUGACACCUCAGAUUGACGGCUCCACUCUGCGGACCCUGUGUAUGCAGCACGGCCCCCUCAUAACAUUCCACCUGAAUCUGACGCAGGGCAACGCCUUGGUGCGCUACAGCUCCAAGGAGGAGGCCGCCAAAGCCCAGAAGUCCCUGCACAUGUGCGUGCUGGGAAACACCACCAUCCUGGCGGAGUUCGCAGGCGAGGAGGAGGUGAACCGCUUCUUUGCACAAGGUCAGUCCCUGCCGCCCACCACCAGCUGGCAGGCCAACCCGGGCACCAAUCAGACGCGGAUGGGCGGGGCGGGCGCCUCCCACCCGGUCAGUCACUGGAGCGGCGGGAACAGCGUGGGGCACGUGGGCAAGGCGCCCGGCAGCUCCGGAGGCUCAGGCGGCGGCGGCGGAGACCUGCUGUGGGGCGGCGUGCAGCAGUACUCCAGCCUGUGGGGGCCACCCGGCGGGGACGACGCCCGCGUCAUCGGCAGCCCCAUCCCAAUCAACACCCUGCUGCCCGGAGACCUGCUGAGCGGAGAGUCCAUGUAGAGUGGAGAGUGGACCGCCACGUCUCACUGCUGCUGCUGCUGCUGCUGCUGCUGCUGCUGCUGCGCUGGACCCCGAGAUGCUAAGUAAACGAAACUUUAGAAAUUUCAAACAACAAACAAACGGGAAAAAAAAAACACAAAUACGAAAGAAUGAUUUCUAACCAACAAAAAACAUGAAACAUGGAGCAAAAACCAAGCAAAUUAAUGUGGCGAUAAUCAGUUAUCUGUGGAGCUGUAACCCUGAGGGCUGGGCUAACAUGAGGCUGCUGACCCUUCCCCUCUCUCCUGAGUUUUUAAUUUAUGUUCGCUCUGGCGUCCGAGGAGCAAGGACGCCCUCCGACGCCGUGUGCUGUGGAAGGACUCUUGACGAUGGAGAAUCAAUACAUUACAUGAGCCUUUGAAGUUUCUCCAUGUAGUUUUGAUAAGUAUUCUCAUUCUUUUGACAUUCAGUAACAAAUGUUCCAAGUUAUUUUUGUCCUUUUUGCUCGUUUUUAGUCAGGAGAAGCAAUCUUAAGAGGCAGCCCCAAACCACACCUCAGAUACUCUGAAAACACCUCAUGAAUCCCUUCUCCCCCCCAAAAAAAACAGACUUCCUAACUGCCCUGUGGCCUAGGAGAAAAAGGCUCUUGAAGUUUUAUCCACCGUGUUAUUUUCUCGUCUUUUUUUUUCAUUGAACUGAUAUUAGCCUUAAGUGCUCUCCAGGUCCUUUUUCAAGCAUUUUGUUUUUAAACAAAUACUAACUAAAGAAACCUUUGAAAACUUGCACAGUCCCAUUACCUGAGCCAGCGAUUGGACCAGAACAAGUGUGAAGAACAACGCCAACUCAGCUUUGGGCAACCUGUGAGCAAGACCAAUCACCCCCCCAUGAUAAUGAUGUUGUUUUUAGUGCUUUCAAUUCUUUUUGACAGACUCUGUCCCGUUACAAAAAGGGAUCUACACUGCUACAUGUUUGGUAUAACCUGGCCGGUGUUUAGUUGAAUUGUAUGUAUUGCAACAUAAGCUGAGAGCAAAUUGCACGUCAACCUAACUGAGUGUGGACCGAGUUGUGAGUAAGCGUCUUCAGGCACCUGACCUUUUGUGUCCACGCACCACUGUUUGAAGAAGAGGAAGAGGAGGAAGAAAAGGUCGCUCCUCAUACCAUAAUACGCGUACCAGUGCCGACUGACCUAAUCAAACCCCAUGCAUUCAUGUAUCCUUGUCCUCUUGUGUCAUAUGGUCCAUCAAGGAAAGGAGACAAACAAACAACACAACACAAACCACCUUCAAGUGAUGCAUUGUGCAAUAUAUGCCACUGACUCUUCCGUCCUCACUGAAGCCAACCCGAGCUGGGCUUCUUGUUUUCCUGAUUGAAUCGUUUGCGCUGCUCUUCGUCUGAACAGCAGGACACUUUCUUUUGUUGUUGUUGUUGUUUUUGUUAUCUUGAGAACUACAGAAACCUUAUGAACUUCAUUUCCCACCCAUGCCUGCGACCCCUGCAACUGUUGGGUAUGUUCAGAAAUCGCCGGGGAGAGGACGAGGAAAAGACUUCUCACAAGCCAGUGUGUGCUGUGUACUGUGCUGGGGGGAGACUGGACUGGCAAAAAGGAAAGAAAAAAAAACGAUGUCUUUCCCCAUCACACACAGCCUCCCUUCCUCAUGCCCCACCCAACAGAGACUGUCUCCACAGCGACCAAGGGUCAAACGGUUUGGGCAACUGGCACAAUACCAAAUAAGAGGGGUUUCUCCCAAUGCAGUAGGGUGAAGAGUGUUCCUUGCAUUUGGUACAAACAUGAGACUACAGUACAUUAAAAAAAAAAAAAAACUAUUAAGGGAUUUAUCAUAGCACUUAUGAAGAGAAGGUAGCUCCACCUGCAAUGCCAAUAAAUCAGACAAGGGAGCCGCAACGUUGGAAGAGUAACUGAAAAAAAAAAAAUACAGAAAACAAAGAAAAAAAAACUCAAUGGCAACUCCUAGCUCUUUUGUACUGUAUCUGUAUUUUUAAAAAAUACUUUUUGUUUUUGCUGGUCCUCUUUGGUCCAGGGACUCUGACGGACUUCAAAACAAACAAACAAACAAACAAACAAACAAAAAAAAGAAAAUGAAAAAAAAUUAACAUGAACUGGUGUCAGGAUGAAGGGAAAAACAAGACUGAAUCUUACAAUCAGACAAAACAAACAAAAAAAAACUUGGUGUGUGUUUUUGUUUCAAUUCUAAGCUGUUUUAUUUCUCAUUUACUAUAUAUCAAAAAGUGAAUGUCACUGUUACUCCAAAAUGGUCUUUCUUAGCCUUUUGAUUCUUGUAUCUGGAGGAAGCGCUACACAUGCAAUGUUACCUGGAUACAGACAGUGGUGGUGGGGGGUCGUGGUGAUGCGUGGGGGUUUUCCGGGGGGUGGGGCGAGGUUGGGGUCGUCCCGUCGACCUGGCCGACUGUCUGCCCACUGAGUGCCUCUCUGCUGUGGAGACGGGGCGCGCGCACGGCCACCUCACGCUCCGCAGCAGCACCUCUUCCCAGGCAGCCGGCGCAAGCCCCGCGCCCAGCCCCGCCCCGCCCUCCCCAGGCCCAGCAGCCUGUCUCUCUCUCUCUCUUCUUCCUCUACUCUCUUUCUCUCUUCCUUUCUUUCUUUCCAUAUAGAACCACUGCGCUGGCACUCCCUCCUUCUCUCUGUGUAUCCCCCCCCCCAUCCUCUGCUGUCUCACACAUGACGAUCACUUUAGCUGGAAGUUGAGACGGUUCGAUCUCUGGAAUUGCCAGUUUCUGUGUUUUUUGUUUUGUUUUUGCUUUGUUCUGUUAUUUUUUUGUUUUGUUUUUGGUUAUUUUUGUUUUUUGCUUUCACAUGACUAUUAUUAUUGUGUCCAUGCAGUGGUCUUUUUUAAAGGUAACUGCCUACAAUUACCUUCAAUGCUCAUAUGCAGAAACUCUCUUUAGAAGAGGUGCCUCUGUCUGUUUGUCCUGUGUAAUGAAUGCACAACGCGGAUCAAUAUUACGGGCCAUAUUUGAUUGUUCCUUCUUUUUUUUCAACCUUAAAUGGUCAUGCUUUUUUUAGCUGUGUUUUCAUAAAUUUUUUAGUAGUAUCUGAUGAUUGUCAAGUAGCCUCUCAGACUAAUGUGUCAGAAUGUUUAGUGAGUGAGUGUGUGUAUGGGCGUGUGUCUCUGUGUUAGACAUCUCCCUGACUCCCCCCUACCCACUCCCUCAUGCGGCUGCUAUACCAUCCUCCUCCUCCUCCUCCUCCGCGUUUUCCGUUAGCCUUGCUCUUCGGCUAGCCUGUGUCCCGCUAGCACCCGGUCCUCCAAGCCUCGCCAACAAGAGACAGCGUCCCUCUCGCGAGUCGCCCGCUUCGGCCAGCGCUCUCUUCUCGUUUUCAGCCGACUCUCUUGGAGCCUCCCAGCCAGAGGCACAUAACAGACUCGGGUUUCGGUUUCUGUUUCUAUGCAAAGCCAAGGAGACUCAAGGGGGUGAGGAGGGGAGGGGAAGGGAGGGGGGAGAGAGAGAGAGAGCGAGCGAGAGGGGGAGACGGCAGCGGCGUUUCUACGGCAGCCCUUUACCACAACGUGCCAAUCAUGUGUGUGGAGGCUACGGCCCCCUUGCCUGGGUGGAGCCCUCCUCUCGCCUCCAGCACGUGUGCAGCCACUCCUCUCUGUUCUGUUCUCACUCGCAAUCCCCCCCCACCCCGCCCCACCCCACCAGAAAAAAAAACCCUCCACCCCUGUCGUCCGUCUCUCAGCAUCGGGGUGAACCAAGACACUGUCCCACGUUGCGCUCUCUUUCUCGCUCACUCCAAAUCAGGUGUUCCACGGGAAGGAUAAUGUCACCGUUUACUCUGCUGAAAAGAAUGGAAAAACAAACUUAAAAAGCAUCUCACAUCAGCUUGAUCUCAGGGGCAGGGUGAGGGACAGGACAACACAAGAAAAGAUUAUAUUAGAGAAAUAAGUACGUUCGUAUACUAGCGGCAUCAUGGGGAGUCUGUUGGGGGCGACGUGUCAUAGAGCUACCGUGUUUAGGAGUGGGACCAGACGAGUCUGUCCUGUGCAUGGGUCCUCUUAGAUCUUAUCCCUACAGGACCUGCUGUAUCUAUCCACAGGAUUGGUGGGAUCUGUUGUCAAUCAAAAGAAAAGGGACCCAUUCUUUCCACUCCUUUUGCUGCUGGGCUCUCACAAGAUGUCCACUUAUUUUUCAUUCUUUGUUUUUACUGACUCCACGUGCCAACACAGUGAAAGACCUAGAAAACUGAGACCCCCUCCCCUCCCCCCCUUUCUCCGCACCAUUCUGGCUGUAGACGGAUCAGUGGGAGGAUGGAUCUGAUGUCCUGUCCUGCUGCAGAGCCCCUCUGUACCGCCUCCGAGGAGGCCACGCACGGGUGGGGAGCUGGAGGCCGACAACGAGCAACAACCUCAUUCUGAUCAUUCGAGAUGAUGAUAAUCUUUUUUCUGUCUUGAGAUAUAGACCCCCGUUUCCAUGGAGCAAGAACUGUCAAACCAAGAUUGGGGGUUAAAAAUUCUGCUAAGGUGCACAGUUGUUUGGGUAAUCCCUGGUACAUUUUUUUUUUGUUCUUUUUUUUAAAAACCAAAAAUGAAAUUGCAUUUUUUAAAAUAAAUUUUGACAAAAAAUAGUAAAUGAGUAAAAAAUAUAUAUGUUGAGAAAAAAACUGCACUUCAUACUGAAACGUCUCCUGUCUGCUAACCUGGCUCUGUCAUCCAGGAGGGGUUCAGACUGGGCUGCCUUUUUGUGGAUGCUGUAUUUGUCGUAAUCAUUUCUCCUGAAAGAGACAUUCAAAUAAGACGUAAUAGGGCCCAGAGAAUUGUAACAUUUCCAUUCACCAUGACAGGUCGGGUCCUCCUACUGUAUCAACAUUCUCUUCCCUCAGUAUUCUGAUGGGAAUGAUACAUUUGAACAGGUACAUUUUUUAAGUCUUAAGAACUCUAAGUGGGGUUAAAGGCCUGCAUCUCAGAAAAAAAAGUGUUUUUAAAAAAGAAACUAAAAUCACAAAUGCCUGUGUCUGAAACUGCCUUGUUUGAAACUGUCAUGUCCAGUUUUAACAGUGGACCUCAAAAAAUGUCCCCAUUUAGUGUCCGUGUCCCCCCAAAACCAGGAGUUAUCUGGUCAUCACCUACCAGCACUGGGAAAUGAUCCCUGCAGCUUAACUGUGACAUGAAGCCAUGCAUCACAGAUGUGUAUGGAUUUCAAUCUAUGAAAUGUUCCCUUUUUAACUUAAAGCUGGAUUGAAUAAACAAUGUAAAAUGAGCAAUAUGUAUUUCUCCCCACAAAUAAAUGUUAUGAGGGAAUGGGGAAGGGAGUUUACUGAUACUUGAUGGAUCACAUGGAAAAAAAUCGUUCCUAUCUCAGUGGGAUAUGCAUGUGCUGGUUUUUACAUAUACAAUACAUCAUUAGUUUGUGUAUGUGUACAUAUUUCAAUUUCCCCCCCGACACCAUGUGUUCAUUCUUUCUUUAUACAAGAGAUAAAGAUCAUAAACAUAUCAAAACAAAAAAAAUUAAAUAAAUGUUACAAUACUUGAAUCAAGAAGCGCCAAUAACAUAAUGUGAACACUUUUUUGUGUGAGUGUGACUUCUACACUUCUGAGGUAUUGAUGAUAAGUUCAAAGUUCAGCAUUAGUUUAAAUGUAAAACAAAAAAAAAAUACAAAAAAAGAUCAUUAUACUGUGUGCUUGAAUGAUUGUGUGCGAGUGUGCGAUCACACUCUAAUGACUGUGUUCACUGGGCUAAGGCCCAUGUUUUAUUUUGUCAUCCGUUCAGUAUAGUGUGUUGUGUCUGUUCUUUUUUCUUUUUUUUCCUUUUUUUUUUUGCUUGUCAAAACUAUAUUCUGAUGUUAUCUAACGUUGCACUGAGUGUCUUCUUCCCCUCUCUCAGCUAAUCGUAGAGAACACGAGACUAAGUACUGGGGGGAGGCGAUGACAAUUCACGUGUUAAUGUUUACUCAAGGACUUAAUGAAAACAAGUUUUUUGUUUUAUCUGUAAAAUGUUUAACCUGUAAAAUGUUUAUCUACCUUAUAGUGGCUUUUAUUGUUGAAUAGCCCCCUAACAAGGGUUAUCCAUUGAGUAUUGCACCAUUUUUGUUCAAAUUAUAAAACAUAAAAAUGUUUAAAAAGAACAAAAAAAGUAAAAAAAAAAAAAAAAUCUACAAAAAAAAAAUGAAAUGAUGAACUGUGGCCAUAGCUAGCUGUAGAGAGACUAGAGAUCCCUAUGUUUAUGUCAUUGAUGUGUGGGCAGAGAGAUGUAGGCAAUGUGAGGUCCUGACCAACAGGACUCCCUUCAGCGGUGCCUCUCUGUGCUUGCAGAUGAUCGGGUUUUUUAUUGUAAAAAGCCACCUGUCGUUUACAAACAUUUCAUGUGUUUGAAGAUCACAAGAAAUAAAGGAAUUUAUAAUGGGAAUGUUGAUUUACAAAAAAAAAGAUGUUUAAAGGACAAAGUUCAUCUUCCAUUUUAAAGAAAAAUGACAAAAACUUUACAAAUUGAAGAUUUAUGCUACUUUCAGAACUCUGGGAUUGAUCAGUGUUUGUGUCGUACUUUUUUGCUUUGAAUUUGACUUUUGUUGAUGUUAACAUACUAUCUAAGCCUAUGAUGUAUGUCUGUUUUUGUAAUUUCAUUUAUGGCGUUAUCUGUAAAAGCAACAUAAUUCUGUCACUAUCUUGCACACUCACAAAGGAUGUGGAUAUUGUCUCAGGAAGGCCAGGGUUUCCAGAGUCCCACCUCCACUAUUUUAACAUUAAUUUUUACGAGAAAAUGGAAUUUUAGAAAAGUGGAAAAAAGAAAAAAUGAUACUAAAUGACAAAACCAACUGUAAGCACUGAAAGGUUAUGGAUUUUUGAAGAGGAACAUACCCUUUGUUUCUAAAAUCCGUAGCAGUUACACAUUUACCAAAUAAUAGACUUGUAAUGUCCUUUUUACUUUGUAAGUGGAGUGCUUUACUUUGAGAAGAAAAAUCUAUGUAGACAUUGCUUUACAUUCAAACGCAGUUAUCAGUGAUUUUGAUUGUUGAAGAGGUGUAAGGACAUGCAGUUGUGCGUUCUAAACGUGCACUUUUUGUUUGUUUUUCUCGAAGGUCCUAUUAAAAAAAAAAGGGGAUCAUUGUGCAUUAUGCUCUCCUCGGUCAUCCCUCAUGAUGGCAGAUAUUCAAAUGAAAGAGAUUCUGUGGAACGUUUUGGGAAGUUUCUGAGACAAGGUAGAAUAGGAGGUUAAGCUGGCUAUAGAGGAUUCUGAUCUAUGCACAAGUGGGAGAGGGAAGAAGUGUCCAGACCUGCUAUUUUGGGGGUGGGUUGUGGGGGGAUGGAUGUUUGUUUAUGAUGGGGAGGGGAGGGGUAAUCUUAUUGUGCUCAAAUGUAGUAGCUUAUUCUUUUUUUGUUCAUUUCCAUGCUCCCCUCAGUAUCGUAUACAGAUAAAGAUUAUAGUGUCACCAUGUUUUAUUCUCUUAAGUCAUGAGCAUCUCUCUCUGCCAAACUGAGCACUGUGGGUCUUUCCGGAAUAAUCCAUGAUUCUAGAGUCUGCUUGAGAGGGAGAGGCAUUUUCUGGUAAAUGGAGUUAAGGAGGAAGUUUGCUUUAUGCCUUUUUAAGUUUUAAAAGAGAAUUUGUCUGUACCGAGAUUCAAAAAAAUGUUGCUGGCUUUUAAAUGUUCUUAUUUUUUUGUUUCUUUUUCCUCCUCAUAGAAUGUGAUUGUCAAUGACUUGCACCGAAAAAAUGUUUCCAUGUGUGGUGGAGAUUCUUUCGGCCUAUAUUAAUAAAUAAACUGCAAUUUUUCUCUUG